GAGGAGCCGCGGGAGUGAGAGCCGUUCCCACGUGAGAGGCUCCGCGGCCGAAUUCCUCGCGUGCGGCGGCCGCGGACGGCUCGGAGUCCGGCUGGACAGAGAGCCCCGGUCUGGUGCGCGCUGGCGGCCGGGCGGGGCGGCGGGGGCGGCGCUCGGCUGCGCCCCGAUGCGGCGGCGGCCCCGGGGGACGUGACCCGGCGCCCGCCGUCGGAGCCCCCGCGGGCCGGCGCCCGCCCGCUUCCCCGCCGCGGGCAGCGCCCCCCCGGCCAGCGGCAUGCGGGCGGCCGACUCGGGCACCUGGGAGCGCGUCCGCCAGCUCGCCGCGCAGGGCGAGCCGGCGCCUUCCUGCGGGGCCGGGCCCGGGCCCGAGCGCCUCGCGGGGCCCGCCGCCUGCGGGUUGUGUGCCGACGCGGCGGGGCCCGACGAUCGACCCCGCGCCGGGGUGCCCCUGAUUCGAGCGGAUGGCGACUGCAGCCAGCCGGUGCUGCUGCGGGAAGAGGUGUCCCGGCUCCAAGAAGAAGUUCAUCUUCUCCGGCAGAUGAAGGAGAUGUUGACAAAAGACCUGGAGGAGUCACAGGGCGGCAAGUCCUCCGAGAUUCUCUCGGCCACCGAGCUCAGGGUCCAGCUGGCCCAGAAGGAGCAGGAGUUAGCCAGAGCCAAAGAAGCUUUGCAGGCCAUGAAAGCUGACCGGAAGCGCUUAAAGGGCGAGAAGACAGACCUGGUGAGCCAGAUGCAGCAGCUGUACGCCACGCUGGAGAGCCGGGAGGAGCAGCUCCGCGACUUCAUCCGCAACUACGAGCAGCACCGCAAGGAGAGCGAGGAUGCGGUCAAAGCCCUGGCCAAGGAGAAGGACCUGCUGGAGCGGGAGAAGUGGGAGCUGCGGCGCCAAGCCAAAGAGGCCACGGACCACGCCACGGCGCUGCGCUCCCAGCUGGACCUCAAGGACAACCGCAUGAAGGAGCUAGAGGCCGAGCUGGCCAUGGCCAAGCAGUCCUUGGCUACGCUGACCAAGGACGUCCCCAAGAGGCAUUCACUCGCCAUGCCGGGCGAGACGGUGCUCAACGGCAACCAGGAGUGGGUGGUGCAGGCCGACCUCCCGCUGACCGCUGCCAUCCGACAGAGCCAGCAGACGCUCUACCACUCACAUCCCCCGCACCCCGACCGGCAAGCGGUCAGGGUGAGCCCCUGCCACUCCCGGCAGCCCUCGGUCAUCUCCGACGCCUCUGCCGCUGAAGGCGACCGGUCGUCCACGCCGAGCGACAUCAACUCCCCGCGACACCGGACGCACUCCCUCUGCAACGGCGACAGUCCCGGCCCGGUUCAGAAGAACCUGCACAACCCCAUUGUACAGUCACUAGAGGAUCUUGAAGACCAAAAACGGAAAAAGAAGAAGGAGAAGAUGGGAUUCGGCUCCAUCUCCCGCGUCUUCGCCAGAGGGAAGCAGCGGAAGUCCCUCGACCCCGGCCUCUUUGAUGACUCGGACAGCCAGUGCAGCCCCACGCGGCAGAGCCUCAGCCUGUCGGAGGGCGAGGAGCAGAUGGACCGGCUGCAGCAGGUGGAGCUCGUCCGGACGACGCCCAUGUCCCACUGGAAGGCCGGCACCGUCCAGGCCUGGCUGGAGGUGGUCAUGGCCAUGCCCAUGUACGUCAAGGCCUGUGCGGAGAACGUGAAGAGCGGGAAGGUGCUGCUGAGCCUGAGCGACGAGGACCUGGAGCUGGGCCUGGGCGUGUGCAGCUCCCUGCACCGGCGCAAGCUCCGGCUGGCCAUAGAGGACUACCGCGAGGCCGAGGCAGGCGGGAGCCUGUCCAAAGCCGCUGACCUGGACCAUCACUGGGUGGCCAAGGCCUGGCUGAACGACAUCGGCCUGUCCCAGUACUCCCAGGCCUUCCAGAACCACCUGGUCGACGGGCGGAUGCUGAACUCCCUGAUGAAGCGGGACCUGGAGAAGCACCUGAACGUGUCGAAGAAGUUCCACCAGGUCAGCAUCCUGCUGGGCAUCGAGCUGCUCUACCAAGUGAACUUCAGCAGGGAGGCCCUUCAGGAGCGCCGGGCCCGCUGCGAGAUGCAGAACACGGACCCCGUGGUCUGGACCAACCAGCGGGUGCUCAAGUGGGUGCGAGACAUUGACCUGAAGGAGUACGCAGACAACCUGACCAACAGUGGAGUCCAUGGAGCCGUGCUGGUGCUGGAGCCCACGUUCAAUGCCGAGGCCAUGGCCACCGCCCUGGGCAUCCCCAGUGGGAAGCACAUACUUCGGAGACACCUGGCAGAAGAGAUGAGCGCCAUCUUCCACCCGGCCAAUUCCACAGGCAUCCGAGAGGCUGAGCGUUUUGGAACACCCCCUGGGAGGGCCUCUAGCAUCACCCGGGCGGGGAAGGAGGAGAACAGCGGUGGCAUUAAGUACAAGGCUGGCCGGCUGCCCCUGGGGAAGAUAGGGAGGGGCUUCAGCAGCAAAGACCCCGACUUCCACGAUGACUAUGGCUCUCUUCAAAACGAAGAUUGUGGAGAUGAUGACAUCCAGUGCAGGCCGGAGCAGUGCCAUCUGGAAGGCUACAAUGGCCUGGAGGUCACCAAUGUGUGAGCCGUCAGUGGCUCCACCUGCCCAGCGCCGGAGGCCCAGGGAGGAGGAGGGGCCGGCUGCCCUCCCCAUGUGCAUAGCAACCCCAGGCGGCCUGGGCUUCCUCCAGGCUGAGGCUACUUCUCCACUCCUGGGCUUCUCCGCUCCCAAAAGACGGCUGCGAUUUCAGACGGAGAGCAGGAAAAAGGAAGACUCCGGCCUGCCCAUCUUUGGUGGGCCUUGAACUUUCCUACUCAAGGGAAGGAGACUGGACCCGAAGCCCUGAGACAGUGUCUAGAAUGUGCAGGCUCCCUGCAGAGGGUCUGUCAACAGGUGCACCAUCCACGGGGUCCCCUGAGUCUCAAACUGUGCUGCCAAGGUGGAAAGAGCACCCCACACACACACACACACAGACACCCCAGAGCCUAGGGUAGCAAAACCUGAGGCUGACCAGUCAACAGGUGAAUCCUUCCAGCCAGCCUCUUGCUGAGAUGUCAGACAGAGUCGGGGUUUCAGCCCCAGGCAUCUUGCGCCCCCCAGAUGGAAAACUUGGACUCUGACUUGGGUCCCCAAGUUGCUCUUGGGAAGAUGCAAAACUGGAACAGGACAUUCUCUUCCACCCUAAAUGGCCUAUAUCCUGUGGGGGUGGAUGUGCUGGAGAACCGUUUGCACCCCCCACCCAGGAGUUUCCACAUCGGGCAAGGGGCAGGCGAGUGAUCCUUUGUGGGGGGGGUUUAGCAUUGACACUCCCAAGAAAUGCAGCUAUCCUGUCAUCAGGAUGAAGGAAAUUAGGACAACCCUCAAGGAUCAGGGACGACCAAGUUCAGGCAGUGACAACCACAAUGAGUGUGGCACGGGGUUUGAGGUUCGGGGCAAGGAAAUGUGUGUCGUUACCCAACAUACCUUCCUGUGAUGUCUCUAUCAUCUAAAAACAGGCGUGUUCUCCAGUGCCCUGAGAUGCAAAGCCCACAGAACAAAAUCAUUAAGGUGUUGGCGGAGAGAACCCUCAGUUCUUUCCUUGACUCUGCCACUCUUUUGCUGUGUGGCUUCCUCCCAGUGGCUUCACCUCUCUGUGCCUCAAGAUCUUCAUCUACAAUAUUUCUGGUUCCCUGCUUGCCUCCCUUCCAGGAACAUUGUGAAGAUUAACAUUUGCUAAUCUAUAACACACUUUAUAACCUUUUAGGAGUCAGUAGGAAGUUAAGGGGCUGGGAGGGUGUGUCUAGUUUCCCAUUUACAAGCACAGAACUGAAGCUGAGCUAGUUCUCCCAGCUCUGUUUUGGUUGGAGCAAUGUGCAAAAAGAGGACAUGGAAUGUUUACUGUUCAGACUUUCCAGGUGCCCCCAGCAGGUCUCAACAAAAAAAUGAGAGGUCCCACGUGCACACUCUGGAAAACCAACUUGACUCCAGUUUUCAAGCCUGAGUUCAUUGGCCACAUGAUUUGCUGAGCGCUGAUUAGAGAAGAAAUGCAUCGGAGUUCUACUUACACAUUCAUUAUGAAAGUGAAUCAUUUGUCUAAACCAAGAUGCUCUGCUUGUGUGGAAGCCAUCAGCACUGGGAGUUGAUAAGAGGUUUGAGUUUCCAAGAUUUGCAUCAGGCGUCAGCCUCAGAGAACCAUCAAAAUCUAUUUUCUUCAACCCAACAAAUUGUCUCCCUUCAUGGGAAAUGCAUAAACAGAAGCCUGAUGGAUGAACUUGCUGGAGACCAUGGUUUUCUCUUAACCUUAACAUAAGCACAGCCUUUCUUACUACCUGAAACCAAAUGCCUAGCUGGUGGGCGGGUGGACGACCCCUUUGACCUCCCAGGGCACCUGUCUGUUCCCAUGCCCUGAGGUUGCAGAGCCCACAGCUACAGACAGAAGAAGCAAAACCUCCCUCUGUCCUGAUGCCACAGAUCACUCCCAAGCCAGCAUCUAGGUAACCCAGGACCCCAGAAUCUGCUUCCAGGGGUGGGGGCAGCAAAGGCAGGGUUCCCAGGCAGGCAGUUUUAUCUGCAGGAUAAGCAAGAAUGGCAGAAGGGUUGCCUGAGUGCAGGUCUGACUACUUGAAACCAACUUUCACCCAAGUUGUCAGAAAUGAAGCUUGCAUUGUACCCACACUCAUUCGCUUUGGGAGACAAGAUGGGCAAGUGGACAAUUCAGGGGUCAUUGGCAGAGAUGGCAUUGCUCAAAACAUCUGCAGGAUUAGGCCAGAGGCCUGGGACAAGAGAGCAACCCUGAGUGCAUCUUUUGGUCCAGAUUAUGCUAUGGCAGCUCUCUCAUAUGUGAUGCUCCCUUUCCUGGACAGCCAGGCGAGCAAGUGGAGCUGGGUUUUCAACAUAAGGAUGGCUCAGCUGAUAAAUUAACGGUCUCCACAUAGAGUGAAAUCAGUUAAGCUUUACCUGCUGGAAAAAUCCUAAAUGGCAACUCAACUUCAAGGGUGGGUUAGACAAGAACAGGAAGGAGAGUGUCUUGGCCUGAAGAUUCUGGUGGCUGAUUGAUGGAGGCCGAUAGGACGUUACCUCCAGGACACUGACCUGCUAUGUCCAGUCCAAAGAGCCCGAGUCAAGAUCUCGGUCCUCCAUGUGUGGCCUGGGGAUGCUACAGUUGUGCUCCUCUGAGAAGUGUUCCCACCUGGGUCUGCGGGUGCUGGUUCCUGGAAAAGGGAGGCUGUACCAGGACAAUGGAGAAUCAGUGUGGGAGGGACACCCCCUAUUCCUCCCAGAAGUCCUGGGCCAGGGCCAACAGGAGGCACCUGCCCAGCCGACCCCCAGUUCUCUGACUCUAGGUGCCCCCAAAAUGCCCCUUAGUCUGUGGCUGGGCAGGGCCUUUCUCCCGGAAGUCUGUCUGUUUGCCAGCAUCGCUGUUAUCAGACCCCAGGCUGCUGGAGGUGAGGAGAAGCCACACAAAAACCUGGACCGAGGAGAGGGCCCUAGGACAGUGGCCCCAAAUCUUGGGGCCCCUGAACAGGCUGGGUCUUGGCAGGACAGGAAAAUUGCAGGUGCGAAUUCAGUGUUCACCGCAGAGGCCCCCAGGACCCUCCCCUGCUGCCUGGGUAGACGGCCCAUGCUUGCAGCCCAGAUCAACCUUGCCAUCAGAGCCCAUAGGUUCUACGCGCCAGUCGCUCUCACUCUGCUUGGCGAGGCCCCAGUGGGACCCCAGGCACAGAGUGGCAGGGAGAGAAGCCAGUGGGAAGCGGUGACUUCUGAGCCUGAGGUUGUCAGCGAUGGGUGGCUCGCGGGCAGGAGGAGGGGCAGACCUCCCGAGCCCUGACACACAUGUGGGAUUUGCGGCUGUAAAGAAAAUGAGCUGUACGUGAACAAAGAUGAGGUUCCCAACAAUAUGUCUUCCCAAGGGUGAAUUUUAACACUUUAACAAUAAAUACUGCUGUA